GACCAAUCAAUACCUUUGUACUAUGUGUAAACAAAAUCCACAUGGAGUGUUAUGAAAGAACGUUUCAUUUUCAGGACGAUGAUGGAGAAAAAAAUGAAACAAUAACAGUGAUAGAGGUACUGCAGCCAAGUUAUGGUCUGUAUGUAUGGCCAUCUGCUCCAGUCCUUGCUCAGUACAUAUGGUACAACAGAAGUAAGAUCAAAGGGAGAUCAAUUCUAGAGCUGGGAUCAGGAACAUCUCUACCAGGAAUCUUAGCAGCAAAAUGUGGAGGACAUGUUACACUGAGUGACAGUGAGGAUUAUCCAUACUGUUUGGAGAACUGCAGAAAAUCAUGUCAGACUAAUGGGCUGUUAGAUAUUCCAGUAAUAGGGAUAACAUGGGGUAGAUUCAACAAUGCUCUGCUUGACUUGCCUCCUGUGGACAUUAUCUUGGGCUCAGAUUGCUUCUACGACUCUAAAGACUUUGAAAACAUUAUUGUAACAGUGAGUUACUUGAUCAAACAGAGCAGAGAUGCAGAAUUUUUGUGCACAUAUCAAGAAAGAAGUUCAAACAGAAUGAUAGAUGUGCUGCUUUUAAAAUGGGGACUUGAGUGCGAGACUGUGAGGCUAGACUCAUUCAAUGCAGACAACCCAUCACUGUGUGCAUCCAAUCUGCCAGGAAACCACACCAUCCACAUGUUUAUCAUCAGAGCAGACAGGAGAUUCUCAGACUCUGGAAACAUUGGAUCUGUAUCGGCAUUUACAUGAUGAUGGAGACUAUUAAUCAAAACAUCCUACUUGCACCAUGGCCAAGUACACUGGAAGUUUUGUACAAACACUGUAUACAGUGUUGAAAGGGUUCCAAUGAACAGAAUGGAAUAUGUUCGCCUUCCCCUCCAAUAUUGCAUUCAUGAUACACAAACACCAUACAUACAAUUGCAGUGUGUCAAGAGUCUUUCUUACUAUGUACCCAUACUCAGUCAGUAUCAUAGUGCAUCUAUGGCAGGAAAAAAGUUAGUGUCAAGUUAAUAGAAACUGAACAGAAUGUUCUGAAUAUUUUUAUUUGAUCAACAAAUUGUUUUCAGACACACACAGUAUCCUGUGAACACAACAAAUUCAAUAUGAACAUGAUUGCAAUAUCAUCAAUCUGAGGUACAUGUAUAUAUAAUGACACAAAUUAUCACACCAGAUAGAGAUGCUCUUAUCAGUACAUAUUAGAGGGGCCACUGAAUGGAUGUGCAAAAGCCACUGGCUCUACAUACAAGAUGUGGCCACUGAUUCGAUGAGAGUAUUUGUAUUCACAAAUAAAAUACUGGAAUAAUCA